CUGAGAAGAUGGGUUCUUGGAAUAUAUUUAUAAUUUUAGUUCUUGUUUGUCGGAGUUAUGGGUUCAGACAAUCAGUUUUUAAAAGAACUCUGAAUAUGACUCCAUCCUUUUGGGAUGUUACUAAGACAAGUGUUGCUAAAUCAAAUGUCCAUUGUGCAACCCAUUGCUUAAUGCAAGGACGAUCUGGGACAACAUGCAAUGCUUUCAAGUUUACUAAAGAUGGUAGAUGUGAGACAGCAAGCAUUGAUCAGGUUGUGGAUGUUCCUAAGGGCAAUAUCUCGUUAGAGAUAUUUGUAUCUGAAUCAGAUCUAUCUUUACUACCUCUACUCUGCCUUGGAGGAGACAGCUGUUGUCAGGUUGACACAAAUCAUUGCAUGACCUGA